AUGUCCUUCCAGCAGAACCAGCAGCAGUGUCAGCCCCCUCCCAAGUGCCCCUCACCCAAGUGCCCCUCACCCAAGUGCCCCCCUAAGAGCCCAGCACAGUGUCUGCCUGCGGCCUCUGGCUGUGCUUUGAGGUCCGGGGGCUGCACUGGCCCCAGCUCUGAGGGCGGCUGCUUCCUGAGCCACCACAGGCACCACAGGUCCCACCGAUGCCGUCGCCAGAGCUCCGACUCCUGUGAUGGUGGCAGCGGUCAGCAGUCUGGGGGCCCUGGCUGUGGCCACAGCUCUGGAGGCUGUUGCUGA